AACAUACUUUUUUUUUUUUUUUACAAGGAUAAUAACAAUAUUAUGGUGGCUAUCCAACCCAAUGACCAACCUUAUAUUUUGACCUCGGAACAACGUCAACAAUAUCAUGAUCAAGGUUACCUUUUAAUCGAAGACUUCUAUACUACUGAAGAACAUGCCACACUUUCUCAAUACUGUGAAGAUUUCAAGCAAUGGGGUCAUGAAAAAGGCAAGUGGAUGCAAUAUUAUGAAACCAAUAAAACGACCAAUCAAGAACAACUCUGCCGUACAGAAAAUUUUACUCCUUACCAUCCUGGAAUGAAUUCAUAUGUUCGAAGUACUCGUCUGUUACAAGUCCUUCAAGAUCUUCACGGUGAAGACUAUGUCUUAUUCAAGGAAAAGGUAAAUUACAAGUUACCUGGUGGAGGUGGUUUCCCAGCACAUCAAGAUGCUCCUGCGUUUAUUCAAUUUGGUCAAUCAUCUCAUAUGACUGUGAUGUUUACCAUAGAUGCUACUACGGAUAAAAAUGGAUGUCUUGAAGUUGUUCCUGGUUCACACAAGAACACAUUUGAUCGACGUAUCCUUCCUCAAGAAAAACAUGAUGGUUCUAUCUCUUUAGAAUGGUGUGGACAAAAUAAGUGGAUUCCUGUCCAUUGUCAACCUGGAUCUGUACUGAUAUUUGGUGCCUAUCUUGCUCAUCGAUCUGGAGAUAACAAAACAACACAACCACGAAGAGCAGUUUAUUUGACAUACAAUGCAGCCAAAGAAGGUGAUCUCCGUGAUAAAUACUACGAAGACAAGCGCAAGCUAUUCCCACCAGCUUAUGAAAGAGUAGAAGGACAAGAUUAUAGUGAAGGAGCUAUUACUUACAAUUUGGCAACACCUAUCAACAUGUAAAAGCAAUCUCUUUUUAUCGUUGGAUAGUUUAGUAAAUUAGAUAGUUGGUUAUAGUGAUGAUAAUAUAUGAUCUUCAAUAAAUAAUGUAUUCUUAUGUAUUUAUCACUGAAUGAUGUAAGGAAGGUUAUUUCAAAAGUUUAUAAGAAGUUUUCUACCAUUAUUCUCCUAAUAAGGUUAUAUUGCUUUAUUGGGAACAAAGAAUGCUGUUUUCUGUUCUAUUCUUUUUACUUUUUUUUUUUUCAAAGGAAAUGACAUAAAAUCAAAGAGCUUUAUUAAUU